GAGGUGAUAGGAGGGUGGUGCUGUGGUACAUAUCUCAGUGCUUAGAUGUUAGAAAUCAGCACCUGCCUUAUCAAGCAAGAAUGUCAGAAGGGGACAGUAUUGGUGAGUCUGUUCAUGGAAAGCCGUCCAUGGUCUAUAGAUUUUUCACAAGGCUGGGACAGAUCUACCAAUCCUGGUUAGAUAAAUCUACUCCAUAUACUGCCGUGCGAUGGAUUGUAACUUUGGGCCUGAGUUUUAUCUACAUGAUUAGAGUUUAUUUACUGCAGGGUUGGUACAUUGUGACAUAUGCCUUGGGAAUCUACCAUCUAAAUCUCUUCAUAGCUUUCUUGUCGCCAAAGGUAGACCCCUCUUUAAUGGAAGAUUCAGAUGAUGGUCCUUCCUUACCUACAAAGCAAAAUGAAGAAUUUCGGCCCUUCAUUAGAAGGCUCCCAGAGUUUAAAUUCUGGCAUGCUGCCACUAAAGGCAUCCUGGUUGCUAUGGCAUGUACGUUCUUUGAGGCUUUCAACGUUCCUGUUUUUUGGCCAAUCCUUGUGAUGUACUUCAUUAUGCUGUUUUGUAUCACUAUGAAGAGGCAAAUCAAGCAUAUGAUAAAAUACCGAUAUAUACCCUUCACACAUGGCAAGAGGAAAUACAAAGGGAAAGACGACGUAGGAAAGACCUUUGCUAGCUAGAGGAUGCAAUCAACCUGUUGACAAAUUCUGCUUAUACAUAAAGGAACAGUUUUGAGCCAUUGUAACAAUGCCUUUUUUUUUCAUAUAAAGUGAUUAAGAGGGUGGUGACAAAGCAGUCGAAUUUUCAUUUUACGAGAAUCUUGCUAUUUUUAUCUGAACUAUCAGUUUCUUGAAGAAACUGGCACUCUAACCAAAUUGCAUUGAGUUUAGUAUCUUUUGUAAGAGUUGGAGAAACUUUUGAUAGUUCCAUGGAUUUGGGAUAAUGUAUUUCUUAGAUCCAUUUCUAAGAUCCAUUGCAGCUGCCAUGACACUGGAGAGAUUAAUGGCUUAGAGUUGAAUAUUUUUACAUAGUUCUCUUGCUUACUAUGACCCUGAAGUGCUGUGCACGUAUGUGGAGGAAAGUAAGGUGGCACACAUGAUGCUGUUUUCUGCUUCAUGGAUAUGUGCUAUUUUCAUACAAAAGUCCAGUAGACACUAGUAGAUGCAGAAUUUAAGCCAGUUUGCUAAAUGCAUGAUAUUACUCAGUUACAACCAAACAGAUAUAAAUAGGAUAAGGAAUUUGUUAAAUUGUGGGUUUGGCAGCAGGGAAAAAUAUAUGUAUAACUUCUAAGGUAACUCAUUCGUGUAAGGUUUUAAUGCCAGUUUCACCCCGACAUCUCCACAGCAGAUCCUGGAAUUGGGCUCUUUCAUGAUGACUCAAAACUUUGUUCAAAAUUUGUCACAAUUUCUUUUGAGGACCUGAAAUUAUAAAUAUAUAUUAUAUUUUAAUUGUUAUUAGUUGGAGAAUAUUUUGUCUCAUUUCUUUCAUACGUAAGGAUUUCUUGGUUAAUUUAAGUUGACUUUAUGCAGCCCUUUCAGAUCAUACCCAAAUUGGCUACAGCAGACAAACUUCACAAAUUUUAACACAGCUUUUCAUUUUCUAUGGAAAAAAUCUAGAGAUAAAUGACCUGCAUGUAAACUUUUUGAUGUGAUACAACAGCAGUUUUAUUAAGUGAUUUUUAAUUCCAAAAUUUAUUAAAAGAUAGUGUCCCCCUUUCUUGUCCUUUAUUUUUUUUAUACAUAUAAUAAUCCAGUGGUGGUUAUAUAUCCUCUUCAAUUAUGAUUACCCUUAGAAUUUGUCUUCAUGUUCUUAGCUCUUUGGAGAGCAUUCAUGUUAUAUUUGCAGAAGAUAAGAAAAGAUUGGCCUUUUCAAGAUUCUGAAAGGAGAAUAGUGGCAGCUUCAACAGACAGCUAAUUAGAAAAUAUAUUUAAGAGCCAUUUCAAUUGACUUUGUCGAAUGAAGUCAUUAUGGAGCCCUCUGAUUCAGCCUUCAGUAAUCCUGGAAAAAAAUGAAAGGUAGUUUUAGUUAACAUUGGCCUUUUUUAUUAGCAUUAUGGAAAUUAAUAAUGUGUGUGAAACCUUAAAAAUUAUGGAAAUACAGUAGCUAGAAAUGGUCUUAUAAAAAUACCAGUCAUAGAUGCUUGCAGUUGGUUGCCUAAAAUCUGAAAACUGUGACUUGGAGUAGCUGUCUUUAGGCUUGCUGGAGUUCCUGAAUAUAUGGGUGAAUCAGAGAGAAAAAACAGGAAUUCUUUAUGUUUAUUGAUGUUAAGUUAGCAGCUGGAAUGACUACCAUUGAACAGUGGGGUGUUAAGAUAACCAUUGCAAUUUAGAAAUGCAUUCCUCCAUUUGCUUGCUUUCUUUAGUGGGAGCUUGUGAUAAAUGCCUAUUCAUUCUUAGGCAGGCAUAGCUGUUUUGCAUCCAGUGGGACUAACAGUUUUCAAAUAAAAAUUGUAGCUGAAGUUGGGAAAAGGCAGAGCGUGGUUCCCUAGUUGAUUCUCAACAUGCAGUGGCCAGACAGGUUGGAUGGCAUUAUGUUGAACUUUGGUCCAUUUUUAUUACUUUAUGACUUACUGCUUAUGACUGAUAGGAGUUUUUAAUCACUUACAAGUGAUAAAAAUUAUGUUUUUACAGAAUGCAUGACAAACUAGGCUGGACAACUUAACAGCAUUUUCCUAUUCAUUCAUUAUUUUCCAUUUGUUUUUAUGUACAGUUAAAUGUCUGGCAGUGAUUCCCUUAGCUACUUGUGUUUUGAGUCCUGAUGUGGACUGUUUUUCUUCCAUUGUGCCUUGACAGUUUGAGACGUGUGGGACGGUAACUGAAAGUUUUUAUUAGUGCAAGAAAAGAAAGUUACUUCAACUCUGAAAAUCCCUGUUUCGUAAAGUAAUACCGAAAUCUUAGCAGUUGCGUAUCAGCAACUGGUCUUUUUUCCUUGCAUUUAUAUUUAUGAUGUAAAGUUAAACAAUUUUAUUAGUGACUUCAUGGUGAUGCUUUAAUACUUAAAUGUUAGCUGACCAGGAAUCCCUGCAGUUAAAAAAAAAAAAAUAAAUAAAUAAAGGAGGGGGAGGAGAGAGAGAAGUGCUCUUGCUGUCUGAUCCCCCCCCCCCCCCAAAGUCUGUAUUUGGUGCCAAUCCAGUGCUAUUAGUAAAUGUCUUACUGCCGCUGCAACUUAUGAUCCACAAAAAGUAGGCCAUCUGGAUUUCACGCCUUGUCUGAAUUUAAAAAAUAAAAAUAACUGUUUGUACAUUUUCUAUUAUGCAAUAAUGAAAGGAAGAUAUGCUAACAUUUGAGUAUCUUUUUCCCCUGCUGCUCUGAAUACUUUUAUGAGUGGAUUAAAUGAGAAUGAACCUUAACAAGGUGAUGUGGCUGAAUCCCUCCUCAUUUAUACUAUAAGUAUUGGUUUAGAAUAAAUAGCCUCUAUUGCCAUAAAGCAGGGAGGGUGUGCAUAUCUAAAGUGAGCCUUUUUCCUCGUUGUGUUAGACUGUGGAAAACACAGACAAAACAUAAGCUGUGUUAUACAAAUAAUGUUUUAUCCAUGGCCUUAGUUUGCUACUAGUAUAUGGUACUAGAACUUUUUUUUGAAACACUUGUUACUGUAGUCUAAAGGUCUGGAUUACUUGAUGAAAAGUCUUGGUAUUUAAUAGUGAUAGAGAGAAAAACUUUUGAGUUUGGACGCUGAAUGUUAAUAGAUCAGUGUAUAGAAAAGCCUGUAUUCUGCAUUUCAAGAUGCUCCUUGCAUUUGUUGAUUCUGUUGAUUUAAGGAAGGUCACAUAGCUUGUCAAAUCAAGGAAACCUGUUUUAUUGUUCACUUUGUGAAAAUGGAAUGUUACCUGACAUACAUGUAUCAUCAGAUCUUCCACUGCAGUUAAGCUAAGAAUUUGCGUGCAGCUACUGUUUUUCCCCUUGAGGCCUACAGCAUGGACCACUGUAAUUUUACAAGAAAAAAGUGAGUCUUAGAAAUCGUAGAAUUUUAAUACCUUAAGUAUGCAAUGAAAGGUUAAAAGACUUGCUAUUCGCACUUAGAAUGAAAAUUUGAUGUUUAUCUUUCAUUGCCCAAAGCAGAGAAUUACAUUUGUCCUAAUCGCUCCUAGAAAGAGGUGUUUUUAAUAUGGUCAAGAACCGUGUUACAAGAAAUAGAAGGGCUGAAGACAGAAGUUUAUUUUGUAAAACAGGAAUGAGUGCUACCUUGUACAGGCAGUUACCAGUUUUAUAAUAAAACCUUGUUCUUGGACUAA